AUGAUUCGGAACAGUGUAUGGGCCUCUAUCGAGGCAUGCAAAAAUUUGAUUAGAAAUAUUGUGUUAACUGUAAACUUGGAUUGCAAAUUGGAUCUUAAGGUAAUAGCUCUUCAAGUUAGGAAUGCCAAGUACAAUCCCAAGCGUUUUGCAGCCGUCAUAAUGAGAAUUAGGGAGCCAAAAACUACGGCCUUGAUAUUUGCAUCAGGGAAGAUGGUCUGCACAGGUGCAAAGAGUGAGAAACAAUCAAAACUUGUUGUAAGAAAAUAUGCUCAAAUCAUCCAAAAGCUGGGAUUUCCUGCACAUUUCAAGGACUUCGAGAUCCAAAAUAUUGUGGGAUCGUGUGAUGUGAAAUUUCCUAUUGGAUUGGAAGGACUUGCAUAUUCCCAUGGGGCUUUCUCAAGUUAUGAGCCAAAAUUGUUCCCAGGCUUGAUUUAUCGGAUGAAACAACCUAAAGUUGUUCUUCUCAUUUUUGAAUCUGGAAAGAUUGUCCUUACUGGGGCAAAGGUAAGGGAUGAGACAUACACAGCCUUUGAGAAUAUAUAUCCAGUUUUGACUGAAUUUAGGAAGGUUCAACAAUGACAUGUAUCGGGUUUAGUCUUACAGUUGACAAGCCAUGCAA